AUGUCUUACAGUAAACGCGACUUUGAUAUGUCUAUGAAAAAAUCAAAGCAAGAAAAAAGACCAUCAUCUGACAAUGUAUGUAAAAAUGUAAAAUGUGUGGCUAUAUUUAAAAUGACUUCACAUUUUGCAUGUAUCUGACAAUGUGACAAUAUGUCCAUAAUGUCCACUGUUCAUCAGACUCAAUAUGCGCUUCAUCUUGUUAUUUAGUUUGUUGAUCUUCACAUUUUUGUCGUACCGUAUGAACUUUGGAUGGAGAAAUAUAGAACUGCUUAUAACAGCAGUACUUUAGAGUCGAUUUCAGCAGGAUUUGUCAGGUAGUUGGUUAUAAACGUUCAUAAUUUUAUAUCACUUUAUUUAUUUUACCAGUAAAUUAUAGCUGCCAGUUAUCAUACAAUAUACAGAAAUAAAUUUUACCUCUCUUAUUUUUUAUAAUAAAAACACACACAUUUAUCUGUCGCUUAGAAAUUGUACUCACACUUUUUUACUUCUUAUAUGAUACAUAUAAAAACAUAGUAAACUGCUCAAAUUUUAGAAAGUUGUGAAAGUGGUUGCUAUGGUAACGUAAACUAUAGUAUUAUCCAAUAUGUAUUUAUUAAUAGUUAUAUAUCCAUACAAAAUCAAACAAAUAACACUGUUGGACAUAUCAUAAUAUUGUACAUAUGUGCAUCAAUGUGUCUGUGUGUGUGAGUGCUUUAUUGUGAAACACAAUAAAAUUUUAUGAUGUAAUAAUAUAUUCUAUCUUUGGAAAAUGCAGGGACAGCUUAGAGCACAUGCAUGUUUAGGAUGUUUUGGGACCGGUCAUUAUAUGUAUAUAUAAAUGACUAGAAGGGGGGGGCUAUUAAAUUUUUUCGAGAAAAUGAGGGGGGUUGCAAUUAAAUUUGAAGGAAUUUGCUUAAUAAGCAUGGUAUCCAUUUGGUUGUAAUGGUCACUGAUGUUUAUAUAUAUAUAUUAUAUUUAUUGAGAACAUUACAUUAUAUAAUUAAUAUUAUAUAUAAUUAUAUAUAAUUAAUAUUAUGUAUAAUUAAUAUGAACUCAAAUGGCAUAAGCACAAACGAGACGCGAAGUCCCAUGCAAGGUGCAAACCCCGAAGCAGCGAAUACGUACAUAAAUAUAAAUACACACAUACAUAAAAUACAAAUAUAUAAAAGCCGCUUCCCCCUAUUAGUAUGACCAUGAACGCAACCACCUGAAUGCUUCACGGAUGUGUUAGCAAAAUAAUUUCAAACUCACAAGCAUAAUGAAUGCUUCACGGAUGUAUUGCAGGCAUAAUAAUUUCAAACUCACAAGCAUAAUGAAUGCUUCACGGAUGUGUUAGCAUAAUAAUUUCAAACUCACAAGCAUAAUGUGGUUGCAUUCAGUGAACACAAUAAGAGGAACCGUCUAUCAAAACUACUUAAGAUCUGUGGCAGGGGCAGUCCCGCACCAGCCCAGGUUGAAGAUCUUGGCAAGAUCUUGCAUGAUCUUGGAAGAUCAUGGCAAGGUCUUGGCAAGACGCUAAUCUUGGCAAGAUCUUGCCAAGAUAUUACCAAUAUCUUGCCAAGAUUAUUCAAUCUUGUCAUACUUGCCAAAAUCUUGCCAAGAUUGUCUGAAAUUCUUGUCAAGAUCUUGCCAAGAUCUUUCAUGAUUUUUCGUCAUACAUAA